CCUUCUUUUGGACCGUCAACACGUUGAUAAGAUACGUAUGCUAAAAAUGUCAGGCUUCGUAAGACGAAUAAUCCAGACAGCAAAAGCACCAUCGGCUAUAGGGCCAUACAGCCAGGCAGUUCUCGUUGAGCACACGCUUUACGUAUCUGGACAGAUAGGAAUGAAUCAGGCAGGAAACCUAGUACCAGGAGGUGUGGUCCCUGAAACAGAACAGGCCUUAAAAAAUAUGCAGGCUAUUCUUGAAGAGGCAGGUACCACUAUGAAUAACGUUGUCAAAGCCACAGUUUUAUUGGAUGAUAUCAAUAACUUUGGGGCUGUAAAUGAAGUUUAUUCCAAAUUUUUCCAAAAGAGUUUUCCAGCCCGGGCAGCAUAUCAAGUAGCGGCAUUACCAAAGGGGGCUAAAGUAGAAAUAGAAGCAAUAGCCAUAGUUGGAACACUGGUGGACUCCCAAUGACUAGAGGCAAAACUGUAGUUUUUAAAAGUACUUUUGUCAUCACAUUAUUGGGAAAAUCCAAUAUCUGACUGUUUUAUACUGAAUUAUAGGUAGAAUCAUAAGUUUGAAUUUUAUUGUAAUUUUUUUCAAAAAGCAUUAUUGAGUACUUUAUAUUCAUUUUAUAAAGACAAAUUUAUAUUUUUCAUAAUAAAAUUGUAUUAUGAGCUGGAAA